AUGAAGUUCGGCCAUCUAUUCAAGCAAACCCUGCGCGAUGAGGGUUUCCCGCCCGAAUGGGUCGACUCCGCCAUUUCCUACUCGCAGCUUAAGAAGUGCAUAAAACGACUUACCGACGAACUGCGGCAGGUGGGCCUUGAUCCCACUACUUUGUCCAAGCUUCUGAAGCACGUCGAGGACUACAACGCAUCUACUCAACAAGACGAUGACCAGGAACGUCCUUUUGAAUACAUCCUGGACCCUGAGAGUUCCAAGAACGAUGCAUCGCCGUCGCCCAAGGCUUUCCACCCAAAGCUGGUCUUUUACGUGAACGAAACUAGCGGAGAAGUGCUAAGCGCUAAGCUAGACGAUGAAACCAAGCGCAAGCUACAGAUGCUCGCCGUCGAGACUGGCAUGUCUGACAUGCACAUGUUUGAUGAAUCCAGUCCGCCGUUGAAAUCUCCGGAUUCUGGCACUGGUACCAUCAGUCCUCCAUUUCCGACCCGACAAGACUCUACUCGAAAAGGACACAGCCCCACGCGGAGUCGCCCUGGGUACCGGACAGUACUAGUACCCAUCACCUCUGACACGGAGUUCUUCACCCGGCUCACUAGCGAGGUGUCAGGGCUAGAGAAGCUGCAAGAGCGGGAGCAGAAGCGGAUGAACGUCCAGAUUGAAGCACUGGGGAAGCAGGUAUCCAAGCUAACGGAUCCUGAUCGGCGGGCCAAUAGGAAGAUGCUCAAAGCCUGGCGACAAAUCUUCCAGAUAUACGUCGAAGAGGGCAUCUUUUUUGGCACGACGGAACUCGACCACAAGUCGCAUGAUUCGGAAAAGGCAAUGGCCAGACUUGCUGGUUUCUCCAACAAAAUCGCAAAGGCGGGGUUAGUGGAGAAGUUGAAGAAAAAGGACAACAUCCAGGCCUUGAACUCGUUCAUGCACAUUAACCGCGAGAUACUGCAAGGACUCCGUUUCGGAGAGAUUAAUCACAACGCCAUGGUGAAGAUCUUGAAAAAAUUCGACAAACGCACAGCCCUAGGAGUAAAAUCUACGUUCCCCCGCCAAGUCGAAUACCCCGAAUUCUCCGAACAUCUCGCAAAAGCAGUCUGCGCACAAGUAAACACGCAAAUCCUCUCCCACGUCCCACAAAUAGACGACUACUCGUGCCCCAUGUGCAUGGAAAUUCAAUGGCGCCCCGUCAAACUCAGCUGCAACCACACGUUUUGUAUCCGCUGCCUGAUCGUUAUGCAGAACAAUAAACAGUACAACUGCCCGUUUUGCAGGGAGAAGACUGUGUUUAGUGCGAACUCGGAAAAUCUGGAUACCAAGCAGGCAGCGUUUUUGAAAAAGUGGUUCCCUGAUGAGGUGAAGAGUAAACAGCGGUACAAUGAGCUCAUGGCAGGCGUGGAUCAGUAUGGUGAGGUUUAUGCGACUGAAAAGUGCGUGGUCAUGUAA